AUGGCGCAGCAAACAAUUCAGAUGGACCAGAAAAAUCUCUGCUGUUCGAUCUGUUUGGAUUUACUGAAGGAUCCGGUGACUAUUCCCUGUGGACACAACUACUGCAUGAACUGUAUUAAAAGCCACUGGGAUGAAGAGGAUCAGAAGCAAGUCCACAGCUGUCCUCAGUGCAGACAGACCUUUGCACUGAGGCCUGCUCUGGAGAAAAACACUGUUUUGGCAGAUUUAGUGGAGGAACUGAAGAAGACUGGACUCCAAACUGCUCCAGCUGAUGACCACUAUGCUGGACCUGGAGAUGUGGGCUGUGAUGUCUGCACUGGGAAAAAGCUGAAAGCUCUCAAGUCCUGUGUGCAGUGUCUGGUCUCGUACUGUGAGCAGCACCUCCAGCCU